AUGCCUAGAUCUUCUCGUACAGGUGAACUGCAAUAUAAUCCUGAGAUAGAGAAAACUGCUCGUGCAUUGAGAAAAGCAACAAGAGAACGAGCAGAGGCAUCCUCCUCAUCUACUGGACAUAAUUCAGUAGUAGAUUUUGUGGAUUCAUUUAGUGAGACGGAAGAGAUAGAUAGCACCAUGGCUAAUGAACGGACAUUGAGAGAAUUGGCUGCACCAGAUUUAAAUCAACAGCCUCUAUGCAUUACUUAUCCUACAUUAGAGGUUGCAUUUGAGUUAAAAUCUGGACUAAUCCAUUUACUUCCUUCUUUUCAUGGCUUACCAGGUGAAGAUCCCCACAAGCAUCUCAAAGAAUUCCAUGUGGUUUGCUCGACAAUGAAACCUCAGGGAGUCACAGAGGAGCAAAUUAAAUUAAGAGCCUUUCCAUUUUCCUUAGCCGAUAAAGCUAAGGAUUGGCUCUAUUAUCUGCCCUCUGGGUCAAUAUCCACAUGGACAGACAUGAAGAAGCAUUUUCUAGAAAAAUUCUUUCCUGCAUCCCGAGCUGCAAGCAUUAGGAAAGACAUCUGUGGAAUUCGACAAUUCAAUGGAGAGACUCUACAUGAAUAUUGGGAAAGAUUCAAGCAACUAUGUGCUAGUUGUCCUCAUCAUCAAAUUCCUGACCAACUCCUCAUCCAGUAUUUUUAUGAGGGUCUGUCCCAAACUGACAGAAGAAUUAUUGAUGCUGCCAGUGGGGGCUCCUUAGUGAAUAAAACACCCACGGAGGCAAGAAAUUUGAUAUCGAGUAUGGCUGCAAAUGCUCAACAAUUUGGAGACAGGCAGGAUAACACGACUCGUAGAGUCAAUGAGGUAAGUAAUUCUACAAUAGAGCAAAGAUUAGAUUGUCUAACUUCUUUGGUUGAAAAGUUAGCUAUAGGACAAAUGCAGCAAUUGAAAACAUGUGGAAUCUGCUAUGGUUCGAGUCAUCCAACAGAUAUGUGCCCCACACUCCAAGAUGAUUCGACUGAGCAGGCUAAUGCAGUUGGAUUUCCAGGACCACCUCAGAGACGGUAUGAUCCCUAUGCAAACACCUAUAAUCCAGGAUGGAGGGAUCAUCCUAAUUUUAAUUAUGCAGUAAGGCCACCAGGAUUUUCACAUCAGUCACAAUAUCAACCUAGACCUCAACUUUCACAGCAACAACCUGCUCCUAAAUCAGUUCAUAAUUUGGAGAAUCAAAUGAGCCAGUUAGCUUCCACAGUCAAUAGAUUGGAAUCCCAAUUAUCUGGAAAGCUACCUUCGCAGACAAUUGUCAACCCCAAGCAAAAUGCUAGUGCCAUCACAUUAAGAAGUGGCAAAGAGUUGCCUGAGCCGAGCAAGAAAAUUUCUGAACAAGCAAUCGAGGAAGAGCUCGAAAAAGAGGGGAAUGUGUCUCAACCUAGAGCCUUGGAACAACCAGAUUUUGGAGAAAAAUCAACACAAGUGGUUACACCUCCGCCUCCAUUUCCUAGUCGACUGGCAAAGUCCAAAAAGCAAGAGCACGAACAGGAGAUUUUGGACACUUUUCGAAAAGUUGAGGUAAAUAUCCCUCUUUUAGAUGCAAUUAAGCAAAUUCCUAGAUAUGCUAAAUUUUUGAAGGAAUUAUGCACUGGUAAGAAAAAGUUGAAAGGAAACGAGAAAGUGCAUAUGGGAGAAAAUGUUUCGGCAGUUUUGCAGAAAAAAUUGCCUCCUAAAUGCAAGGACCCAGGUAUGUUUACUGUCCCUUGCAAAAUAGGUAAUAUUAAAAUUGAAAAAGCUAUGUUGGAUUUGGGUGCUUCGAUAAAUGUUAUGCCUCGUUCUAUUUAUAAUUUGAUGAACAUUAGGCCUUUAAAAGAGACGGGCGUAAUAAUUCAACUGGCUGAUCGAUCAAAUGCCUAUCCUGAUGGAGUUUUGGAGGAUAUUUUAGUGCAAAUUGAUAAUUUGAUUUUUCCUGCAGAUUUUUAUGUGCUUGAUAUGGAGGAUGAUAAUUCUAAUUCAUCUCCAAUACUGUUAGGGAGACCAUUUUUGAAAACUGCUAGAACAAAAAUUGAUGUUUUCACUGGCACAUUGACUAUGGAAUUUGAUGGUGAUGUUAUUAAAUUUAAUAUUUAUGAUGCCAUGAAAUAUCCUGGUGAAUCUCAUUCAAUUUUUGUUAUAGAUGUAAUUGAUUCUUUGGCGCAGCAAAAUUUUGAAUUUAAUAAUGACGAUGCGUUGAAGUUUGUUUUUCCUUUUGAAUUGCAGGAAGUUAUUUUUGAAUUGAAUUCUCUUUGCCCAGAAUUUUCCAAUGUGUCUUACUUGGAAUUACCUCUGUCUCAUUCACAGCUUUUGCCAUCUAUUGUGCAAGCCCCGAAGGUGGAAUUAAAGCAGUUACCGGAUAAUUUAAAGUAUGCAUUCUUGGGAGAUGGAGAUACACUCCCAGUAAUAAUUUCCAGUAAAUUGACUGCUUUAGAGGAAGAAAAACUAAUUCGGGUGUUGAAGGACCACAAGGAGGCAAUAGGAUGGACAGUGGCUGACAUAAAAGGAUUAAGUCCAGCCACUUGCAUGCAUCGCAUCUUGUUAGAAGAUGGUGCUAAGCCUUCGAGAGAGGCUCAACGGAGAUUGAACCCACCAAUGAUGGAGGUAGUGAAGAAAGAAGUUUUAAAACUUCUUGACACAGGUAUAAUCUAUCCCAUUUCGGAUAGUAAGUGGGUAAGUCCUGUUCAAGUAGUUCCUAAAAAGACAGGAAUUACUGUUAUUGAAAAUCCUAAAGGUGAGUUAGUGCCCACUCGAGUUCAAAAUGGGUGGAGAGUAGAUAAGGCUAAGGUAGAAAUUAUCAAAUGUUUACCUUACCCUGCAAGUGUGCGGGAAGUUCGCUCUUUUCUUGGCCAUGCAGGUUUUUAUAGGCGUUUCAUCAAAGAUUUUUCAAAGAUAUCCCAUCCUCUAUGCAAAUUACUUCAAAAGGAUGUGGUAUUUCAUUUUGAUGAUAAUUGCAAGAGUGCAUUUGACACGCUCAAGGGAUCAUUGACUUCAGCACCAGUGGUUCGACCACCAAACUGGAGUCUUCCUUUCGAGAUAAUGUGUGAUGCCAGCAAUUUUGCUGUUGGUGCAGUACUUGGCCAGAAGGAGGGCAGAGCUUCUUAUGUCAUUUAUUAUACCUCGAGGACCUUGGAUGGUGCCCAGUGCAAUUAUUCGACUACGGAAAAGGAGCUUUUAGCUAUUGUUUUUGCUUUAGAAAAAUUCCGUUCUUAUUUACUUGGCACUAAAGUCAUUAUUUAUUCUGACCAUGCAGCUUUGAAAUAUUUGCUCAACAAGAAAGAGGCCAAACCACGACUUAUAAGGUGGAUUCUCCUACUCCAAGAAUUUAAUUUGGAAAUUAAAGACAAAAGGGGUGCCGAAAAUAUGGUUGCUGAUCAUCUCAGUCGUUUGAUCAAUAGUGAAGGACCUACUCCCUUGAAGGAUAAUUUUCCAGAUGAGCAUCUUUUUGUAGUUCAAAAGACAAUUCCCUGGUAUGGCACGCCAAGAGCAAUUAUCAGUGACCGAGGGACACACUUCUGCAAUCGAGUAAUGGAAGCAUUGUUGAAGAAAUAUGGCGUCACUCACCGGGUUUCUACGUCCUAUCAUCCGCAGACUAGUGGUCAAGCAGAAAUCUCCAAUAAAGAAAUCAAGUCGAUACUUGAAAAGACGGUGAAUCCCAAUAGAAAGGAUUGGAGUUUGCGCUUAGAUGAUGCACUUUGGGCUUACCGUACAGCUUUUAAGACCCCCAUAGGUAUGUCUCCUUACCGAUUAAUUUUUGGCAAACCUUGUCAUCUACCUGUGGAAUUGGAACAUAGGGCAUAUUGGGCAGUUAAAAAUUAUAAUAUGCGGAUGGAUGAAUCUGGAGAACACAGGAAGUUGCAAUUGCAAGA